UUGCUACACCCUGGUAGAGUUCCAUCUAAACUUGAUUCCCCUAUUACACGCUGUCCCUUUAACUCCAGUGCCAGUUUAGGUGAGAGAGUGCAGAAGGUGGCAGUUGGCCCGCUGCUCUUCUUGUUGUGCGUUUCCCCAAGCGGUUGCUACGCGUCUUUGCGCUGUUCCUCUGAGCUGUCUGUUUGCGCUUUAGAUGCGCUUCAGAUCCCUUGGAAUUUCCUGCUCUCAAAUUACUCCAGCAAAUCCCCCAUCCCCAGUAGAGCGGGGCAGCAGCAGCCUGAGCCUGGGAAUUGUCUCGCACUUCUACACAGUCAGUUCGUUGCGUCUCUGGCUCUUUGCUUUCUGAGUUGCAUCUGGCGCUGCUGCUAGCGAGGAAGUCACCGUGAGCAUUAACAUCUAAUAAUGAGCGUCCUUCCUCCGGUACGCAGGGACAGAAUUGUAGCAGAGCUACCCCAGUGCUUCAAAAAAGAGGCAUGUCUGCACACCCGAGAGUCCUUUCCUUCUAAAGUCACUAGUGCCUGCAAGCAGCAACGUACAGGAACUGUGGGCAGAUACAAGAUCUCCAAAGUGAUAGUGGUUGGUGACCUGUCAGUAGGAAAGACGUGCUUGAUAAAUAGGUUUUGUAAAGACACAUUUGAUAAGAAUUAUAAAGCAACAAUUGGAGUGGACUUUGAGAUGGAGCGAUUUGAAAUUCUAGGGGUGCCAUUCAGCUUGCAGCUGUGGGACACAGCAGGGCAAGAGAGAUUUAAAUGCAUCGCUUCUACAUAUUACAGAGGGGCCCAAGCUAUAAUCAUUGCCUUCGAUUUGACUGAUGUUUCCUCCUUAGAACACACCAGGCAGUGGCUACAAGAUGCACUAAAGGAAAAUGACCCUUCAUCUGCGCUCCUUUUCCUAGUGGGAUCAAAGAAGGACCUCAGUUCCCCAGCUCAGUAUGCACUUAUGGAAAAAGAUGCCAUAAAGGUUGCAAAGGAAAUGCAGGCCGAGUAUUGGUCUGUGUCUUCACUAACAGGUGAAAAUGUGAAGGAUUUCUUCUUUCGUGUGGCAUCCUUAACCUUUGAGACUAGUGUGCUGGCAGAGUUGGAGAAGACUAAUGCAAGAAGGAUCGGGGAAGUUGUGCGCAUAAACAGCAAUGAAAGAAACUUGUACCAAUGCACCAAGAAAAACAAAGCCAACUGCUGCCAGUGAAUCCUUUUUGCCAACAUAUUUGAUAUUUGCACUCAGCAUCUGAAGACCAAAGUAUUUUAUAGUCCAAUUUUAGAGAGCAAAUGAAUCCAGCGACCCUGCAGCUCUACUCUGUUCUAGGAGACGGCAAAGGGGUUUUCUAAUGGACAUACACUAUUCCCAGUACGGCCAGACAGGACAGCAGCACAUUGCUGCACAGAAAUGGAGUGCUCAAACCUUGUGCACAAUCCUUUUGGAUCAGGUGCUCAGCAGUGAUUAGCCCAACCUGCCUCGGGUCAAGGGAAUACUAUGCAUUAUCCAGUAACUGCAGUACUCUGAUAAUUAUUCCAUAUUAUAAUUUUAUUUGCUCAUUAGCUCAUGUAGACAAAAAUGGCAACGUUUCGGGCUUCACAGGGCCCGUUAUCAAGCUUGAUAAAGGGCCCUGUGAGGCCCGAAACGUUGCCAUUUUUGUCUACAUGAGCUAAUCAGCCAAUAAAAUUAUAAUAUGGAAUAAUUACCAGAGUGCUGCAGUUACUGGAUAAUGCAUAGCAGCACAUUGCUGGACAUAGAACAACAAUGAACUGCAUUGAUCAUGCAAUUUAACUAAAGUUAUUCUUAUAGUUCAUCAUUAUAUGUUACCAUGUAUUUUAACACAUAUAUACUUUGAUAUUCAAAAAUGCAUAUUUUUAUGUUGUUUUUCUGGAGUUCAGGUUAGCAGCUGGUGGGGAACCAAUUCCUGAAUUUGGAGCAACUCCCUGAGAAAAGAACUUUAUGCAAAUAAUUAUUCCCAGUUGCUGUGUGAAAUGUGUGGGAAUCCUUACCAAUACAUAGAAGGCUGAUUUAUUUUAAAGCAUGUGGAGGUUUUACUACAGUCUCAUAUUCAAUUUCAUUAGCCAACAGUUGCCAUAAAGUCAGCAUUUUGGGGCUGUACAACCACCCCCCACUCUCCCUGGUGCUUCUCGUCAUUUAUGAGAAUAAUUACAACUUUGUGACAGGUGGUGUUUGGGCCAAAAAACUCAAACAUAAAAUUUUUGGCCACACACACUGCCUGCACAAGCAGUGACAGCUUCUAUUCACAGAAAUGGCAGGAGACAAAGUCUAUUGACGUGUUUCAUAGACAUUAAAGAGGGGAAUAUCAAUGUUGCCAUAUGUUUUAGGUACACCCAGUGGAGUGAGAGUUGCCCCUGAAAAGAACAGAGCAGUUUAAUCCCAUUUAGCUGUCCACACCUACAAUUAAAAAUGCCACAGACUGCAACAAUCCUAGAUAUAAUAUAGUAAAUGGGACUGUAACUAGAAAUGUAAAAUGCAAGUCUUAUGCAAAGAUUAUGUAAUAUGCAUCAUUCCUUAAAACUUUGAAAGAAGCCUCACAAAUAAUUCUGCCAGUAAUUUCUAACUAGGCUUUCCACUCACAUUAUUUUAAUGUUCAGCAAAGCAUAAUGUCAUAGGUUAUUUUAGCCGUAUUAUUAUUAUUAUACUAUAUAUGUUUUAUAUUUGAGUCAAAAUUCAAAAAUGAAAAGCCAUAAUUGCUAUAAAGAGGCACUGUUCAAAAACUCGGUACACUAGUUUCUCCCCUUAAAAUGCAAGUGGGGUUUUCUGAGUUUGUUCCUAUUAUAUUCUUAAUACACAUGACGAAACCUUCACCCAGUCACCCAUAAUAACAGGCCCAUCACCUGCUCUAAGUAAUUUGCACCAAAAUCACAGGUUCCAUUGAAAAAGCUUCACCUGAAAUCCUCAGAAGCAGGGGAGCUGGGAGCAACAUUGGGGGGCUAAAUGAGUCGUGGCUUUGGCAAUCGGACCCAAGAUGCACCCUGAUGGCUCCAGAUCCGUUGUGGCAAAAUUUUUGCAAAUGCUUGAGAAAAAGCCUGCGUGAUUAAGUCAUAGUGGCUUGUCAUUAAAGUAACUGGUGGUUAGUUGAAGUGCUUGAGCCAGGCUCAUUGUAACAACUUCUCAUGCCAUUCAGCAACUACCUGCGCCUCCAUCUCUUCUCAGUUAUACUAAUGCCACCAAACAGGCCUUGUGUCCAGUAUUAAUAUAUUCAAAUGCAAAGCACCCAAAUGACACUCAAAUAGCCCAUGUUCUCAGUAACGGCCCCAAGAAAGUGUGUUCUAAUUGGCUGUUUACGGAGUAUGGUAAUUAAAAAUGUAAACUAUGCAAGAUUAUCCACAGCCUUAAAUUAUACACGUUGCUUACAAUGCAGUAUAUCAUAUCUUCAGUGGUUCUCCUAUCUAUGAUACCCCCACCCCAUCUGUUAUUUGAAAAUGUUUAACUCUUUUCCUACCAUGGGGGGCUGGCCCCUCUGGCAAUGAAGAGGUUGAGCUUUUUAUAUGUGAGAUGUUUAAAGAUGCAUUGAUCUUUCUAAAUAAAAUCCGGAAAGAUUU